AUGGAGGCUCAUCAGGGGAAUCGCACUCAUUUCAUUAUUAAAGGGAUAUCCGAUGUCCCCGAGCUGCAGCUUCCGCUCUUCCUCCUUGUUCUCCUCAUCUAUCUCAUCACGCUUGGUGGCAACCUGACCAUUCUACUCCUCGUCUGUCUCGAUCGACACCUGCGCACCCCCAUGUACUUCUUCCUGGGCAAUUUGUCCAUGCUGGACAUAUCCUCGACAACUGUGACUCUACACAAGAUCCUCGCGACGUUCGUCACAGGAGAUAAAAGCGUCUCUUUCUCGGAAUGCAUGGCUCACGUGUACUUCUUCAUGGCCCUGCAAUGCACCGAGCUGCUGGUAUUGGCCGCCAUGAGCUACGACCGAUAUGUGGCCAUCUGCCACCCUCUACAUUAUCACAUGGUCAUGAGUCACGGAGUCUGUUCCCUGCUAGCCACUGGCUGCUGGGUGUCGGGUUUUCUGGAGGUUAUACCCCACACUUCUGUAAUAUCAAACUUCUCGUGUUACGCAUCCCAUGAAAUCAACCACUUCUUCUGUGAUGUUCUGCCUCUCAUGAGGAUUUCCUGCAGCGACACCUCUCUGCUGAAGCUCUUGAUAGUCACAGAAGGGGUUUUUGUGUCCGGUCUCAUCCCGUUGUCUCUCACUCUUAUCCCUUAUGUUUUUAUAAUCCUAGCCGUACUUAAGAUCCCCACCAACAUCGGAAGGCGCAAGGCCUUCUACACGUGUUCUUCACAUAUUACCGUGGUCGUUCUCCUCUACACCACCCUUUACUGCUUAUACUUGACGCCGUCUUCGAAAAACCCCUUGGACUCCCAUAAGCUCUUCUCUCUGUUUAACACGGCUGUCGUCCCCAUGUUGAACCCUUUGAUCUAUAGCUUGAAGAACAAAGAUGUAAAGUCGUCUAUAAAGCGGAGGUUGCACUCUAUAAGUUGCAGGCUCUUUCCUUCUUUACACUUUACAUGCAAAUAA